ACCACCUCCCCUUUGAGGGGUGAUCCAAAGCUUGCAGAAGGAGAGAGAGAAAGAGAGAAGGAAAAGAGGGGAGGGCCGCCGAGGUGCCACCUGCGGAGAAAUUUCGGCUGCCGUCCUUCCUCCCCCCCCCGCCCACCUCCCAAAAACCCCACCAACGACAACAAUGACUCUAUAGGCAUCGCCUGGGGGCUGAAGCUUUCCAAGCAAAAUAGCUGCGCGUUGGAGAGGUGUGAAGAGAAACCCGCAAGCCCCACGCAGGCUGUGUGCUGCUGCUCGCCUGUGGGGCGAGGAAGAAGGCAAGAUCCGAGUUAGUGGGCAAGAUCCCGGCUCAAGGGUCGCAGCAGCACGGAGGGCUGGAAGUGAUGGGACUUCAGCCUUCACCUGCUUGAUUUACGCAUUUGUUUUUCAACUUUGCUGUCCUGAACAACUCCGAAGAAGGGCUCCGCCGCGGCGAGGAAGAGACCGGUGUUCACCAUGUCAUGCGUACCAGCUUUUCUCUUACUCCUGUGGACUGUAAAAGGAGUGAUACCCUCACAUUCUCACUGGAAGCCAACCUGGCCGGCCUACAAGGUCCCAGUCGUUGUACCACAAUUAACUAUUAAUUUGGACAAACCAGAGUUUGAAGCCAAAGCCAAACUGGAAGUGGCGUCCCCUUGUGGCCCAUCUUGCCACAAAAGUAUCCCACUACCGACUUACGAAGAGGUGAAAGAUUACUUGUCCUAUGAGACUCUGUAUUCCAACGGUUCUCGUACCGAGACGGAAGUUGGCAUCUACAUCAUUACCGGCGGCAGUACUGGGGCACAGAGCCGAUCUCGGACAAAGAGGCAAAUCUACGGAUAUGACACGAGGUUUAGUAUUUUUGGGAAGGACUUUUUGCUCAACUACCCCUUUUCCACUUCUGUGAAGUUGUCCACGGGCUGCACCGGAACGCUGGUGGCUGAAAAGCACGUCCUAACGGCGGCUCACUGUAUUCAUGAUGGCAAAAGUUACGUCAAGGGAGCCAAGAAGCUACGGGUGGGCUUCCUGAGGCCCAAGCUGAAAGAUGGCAGCAAGGGGGCCAACGUCAGUAGCUCCCCGGAGCCGGAGAAGAUGAAAUUCCAGUGGAUCCGAGUGAAGCGGACACAUGUUCCCAAAGGAUGGAUCAAAGGGAAUGCGAAUGACAUCGGCAUGGAUUAUGACUAUGCCCUGUUGGAGCUCAAGAAGCCCCACAAGCGAAAGUUCAUGAAAAUAGGCGUGAGCCCGGCAGCACGCCAGUUGCCCGGAGGGAGGAUUCAUUUCUCGGGCUACGACAACGAUCGGCCGGGAAACCUGGUCUACCGUUUUUGCGAUGUCAAGGAUGAAACCUACGAUCUCUUGUAUCAGCAGUGCGAUGCGCAGCCGGGGGCCAGCGGUUCUGGCGUCUAUGUACGGAUGUGGAAGAGACAGACUCAUAAAUGGGAGCGUAAAAUUAUCGGGAUAUUUUCCGGCCACCAGUGGGUAGACACCAACGGCUCCCCCCAGGAUUUCAAUGUGGCCGUUCGCAUCACACCCCUCAAAUAUGCACAGAUUUGUUACUGGAUCACGGGCGACUAUCAGCACUGUAGGGACGGGUAAAGAUGAUGAAUGUCCCAGGAAGGUCUCGCUUGCUUAUCUGGGGCAGGGCGGGGUGGGGGGAA